AUGGCUCAUCCAGCACCAACGCUCCUCCCAUCCUCUUCAUACCGGAUCACAUCAUCACCUCUAGCUUCUUCGUCCACCUCCCCAUCCACCUCUUCAUCAUCCUCCCACACCAAUCCAAACAGCGCAAAUACGGCACCCUACGUCCUGAACAUCGUCUCGCUCCCAACGCACUACGCCAUCGCCACUUCGUCGCCUGCGAAUGGGAUUCGGGUGAUCGAUAAGAAAACGUUAGGGUUUGUGCAGGAUUUGGGGAGUAUUCCGGUGGGAGAUGGUGGUUCAACGGGGAAGGGUGGGAAGGGGAGGAAUAAGGGUGGUGUACAUGCGAGCGCAGGAGGGGGAGGGGAAAGCCAAAUACAAGCCCACGAAGGCGGAAUCACGAAUCUCAAAUCGUUCGAUUACUUCUUGGGUGAACGCAAGAGUGGAUUGUUGAGUUCGGGGAAGGAUGGGAGGGUCGUGGUGUGGGAUGAUAGAGCUAUUGAUGGAGGUGUUAAGAUGUACGCACCCUCCAUUGGGUCCCGCUUUAGAUCUCUCCUCAGUUGCGACAUCUCGCCGGAUGGGAGGACGAUUGUCGGUGGAACCGAGUUGCAAGGCGACGACGCGAUCCUUGUCUAUUGGGAUCCCAGAAACCCCAACACACCCCUCCGCACACACACCGCAACCCACUCGGACGACAUCACAGUCCUCUCCUUCGCACCUCCAGGCGUUUCACCCAAACUCCCAACCGCUUCUUCGCCCUCCUCUUCACCCCACCCCACCCCGUCGGGCUCGCUUUCGAAUCCGCUGUUCCUGCUUUCAGCGUCCUCGGAUGGGUUGUUGAGUUUAUCGAAUGCGAAUGAGGACGAUGAGGAGGAAGCUAUGCUUCUCACUGGGAAUUGGGGUUGUAGUAUUGCCCAGGCGGGGUGGGUCGGGACGAAGGGUGUGUGGGCUGCGAGUGAUAUGGAGACGUUUAGUACUUGGAGUUGUGAGCUGGAGCCAAGGUUGAAUUUCAAUAUCCGUGAACCGGGUGUACAUGGGGAGACGACCUGGGUGACGGAUUAUAUCGUUACCGCACGUUCGAGAAGCGACUCGGGGUCACAAGCGAAGAAGAAACCGCUCUUGAGCGUGUUCGUGGGGUCUAACGAAGGCGACGUAUCCCUAAUCUCAACUAAAAACCCCCUCCCAAAACCCAAGUCCAAAAAGCGCAAUGCCGCGCCCUCUUCGUCUUCCUCGAAGGCCUCCCAACAAAAACCCGCACCUGCACCAUGGACCCUCCACUCAACCUGGACACACGGGCACGUCGGCGUCGUCCGCUCGCUCUUCUACGACGAGGAGAACGGGGUGGUCGUCACCGGCGGCGAGGACUCCAAGCUGCGGCUGUGGAAGGACGAAACGGUGUGGGAGUCCCAGUCGGAUUCGGGGAUGGAUGUCGAUGGGGAGGACGAGGACGAGGAGAGUGAUAACGAGGAUGAAGAUAUGGUAGUUUCCCCUGGGGCUGGUCAGGAUAACGAAACUCCCGGACACACGUUUAACUGGCGUAAACGGGAUUUAGACGAGGAUGAAGAGGAGGAUGGGGAAGAUAGAGGGAUGGAUGUGGAUGGUGCGAAGGAGGGGAAGAGGAGGAGGCAGAGUUGA